GCCGAGCUGAUUGAAUUUGAGUGCUGCUCGCUGCUCCUGUUUUGGCAUCACCCUUCGUGCACUCAUCAUGGCUGCCCUUCGCCUGGCCUCCCCAGCUCUUCUCCACCCACCUGCUCUCUCCUCCAAUCCUCGCGUCGCAUCUAUCCCCGCCUCCAUUCUUCCGGCGCGAGCACGUACAUCGUUGAAUUUUCCAGCCUCGUUUGUAGUCGUCCCCCGUUCGUCUCUUAGCGAGGAUUGCUCCUCCAGCGCCGCGACUUCCGGAAACGCGGACUCGGUUCCCGAACCUUCUGGGAAAGAGCGAUUUUACGGCUCGACGACCCGUCGGGCUGCGUUAGUUGGGCUUUCAGCGGUGAUCGCGGCGCAAUGCGCGGGCGAACUAGACGGGGGAGCAGCGGCUGCGGCGGCGGUAGCGGGGGACGGGAAGCAGCGCGGCCUUCCUAUCGAGCAAGUGAAGGAUCUCAUAGCACGUGACAUUAGCGAGGGGCAAUACUUUGUCACAGGGGACCUCACGGCCUCUAUCUUUCGAGAUGACUGCAGGUUCAAGGACCCCACCAAUGACACAUCGGGUCUGGGUCGCUACCUGGCAGCAGUGAGCAUACUCUUUGACCCCGCAUACUCCAAGCAAGAGCUGCUCUCCAUCGCAGUCACCUCCGACAAAUCAAUCACCGCCACGUGGCGGCUCGGCGGGUACCUGAAGUUCCCUUGGCAGCCCAGGGUUGAGCCAUUCACAGGUUCCACUGUAUAUGAGUUGGACGAUGACAACCUUGUGGCUCUGCACAACGAGUCGUGGAGCAUUUCCCCAAUUACUGCGCUCGUUGAAACCUUCACCCCUACCUUUGGGCCCAAACAACUACAGUGAAUCUAGGUCGUGCCCUACCUGUCACGCUGGCACCUAGUGUUGGUACCAUAAUUCGUGAGGUUUGUUGAUUGCUUGCAUAAUGACUAUGUAUUGGUGCCAUAGUGUACAUUGGUUCAUCUAGUUU